GCUAAGUAAGUUAAAGGGAAGUUCUGUCUGCAAUUCCCCAACAUCAUCCGGGACGAGGAUCUUCAGGGAGUGAUUUCCUAACCGUUCUUCUUUGGAAAACAGAAAACAAGGGAGUUUAUGGACCAAGAAAGUCAUCUGCCUCCAGGUGACGUCGAGGAGCCUUCCGUCAUCAUCACUUCCAUCCUGCUGAAGCUGCAGGAUGCUGCUGCCAUGGCGAUCUCACGGGUUCGUGAGAGACUCGCACAGGGCCUGACUGUCCUCUCUGUUGUUCUUCUGCUACUGUGGAUCGCUGCCUUUUUAUAUGGGAGCUUCUACUAUUCUUACAUGCCCACAGCAACAUUUUCCACACCUGUUCACUAUUACUACAGAAUGGACUGUCAAUCUCCCUCUUCUUUUUUGUGCUCAUACCCCAUGGCCAACAUUUCCCUGAUGAGAAACAAGAAAAAUGUGCUGACAUUUGGUCAGGUCUACCAGAUCACUUUACAACUUGAGAUGCCCGACUCACCCGUCAAUCAGCAGUUGGGGAUGUUCAUGAUAAAGACGACCUGUUUUUCUCAGGAUGGAGGGCAGGUUGCAGCUUCUGCUCGCUCUGCAAAACAGAUGCUAAAGGCUUCCAGCUCUCGCUUUGGCAUGCUGCGAUACCGAUCCGACCUGCUGAAGACUCUGGGAACGCUGCUGUUCCUCCCAGCCUUUCUGACUGGAGCAGCAGAGCAGAAACAAAUGGUGGAGGUUGAGCUCUUCUCAGAGUACAAAGAUGACCCAUAUGCUCCCUCAGUCACAGCUGUUAUUGAGAUCCUUUCUGACAAGGUCCAGAUCUACUCGUCUCAUCUGUAUAUCCAUGCUCAUUUCACAGGAAUAAGAUAUUUGCUGUUCCACUUCCCCAUUUUGUCCGCCUUGGUAGGCGUGUCAACAAACUUCAUCUUCCUCAGCUUGAUCUUCUUACUAAGCUACGCCAGGCUGCUGUUCACAGAUGGCAAGACAGCAAAGCAGAUCAUUUCAGACAGGCAGCUUCCACAGAUGGGGGAAACUCCAAGCAGCCAGGCGGAGCUACAAAAGGAUUUCUCUACAGGUACUGCAGAGAACCUGGGUCCUGUGAUAAAGGACAGUACAAAUCUGAGCCAGGUGGAACCCAGUUUGGACUCCAGCAGCAGCACGGAGAUGCAGAACGGUGUCACACCAAGUCAGGACAAACUACAAGACUCGGAGGCAGAGUGAGGCCUUUGAAAAAACAAGGAAACAAAGCAUGGAGAGUACAGUGAUGAUGUCAAACUCCUGGAAAGUUGAAGUCUGUUUUAGUCUGUCACAGAGGGAGGACAUCCUAUGGGUGUUUUUCAGGUGGAUUUUGAGAUCAUGUCAAAAACAAUCCUCAAUUUUAAAUCUUUCAGUUUAACUGCUUGUUUAAAUUUUCUGUAAUUUUUGCUCUGAAGGUUUUGCACGCUUAAAUAACAAAGUUCCAUUCAAAAUGCUAUGAUAGUAUAAAUAAACAUCACAGUUAAAUCCUCAAAAACAAA